CGGAAGCGCGUAUGUGCCUGCGCCCUGCCCAUCCCUCAUUUCCGCUUCCCGUCCCGACCGCCCCGGCCCUUCCCGCCACCCGUAUCUCCGAGGAAAGGUCGCCCGUGGGGCUCGCCAUCCGCCCGCCAGGAUGUCGUACAUGCUGCCGCACUUGCACAACGGGUGGCAGGUGGACCAGGCCAUCCUGUCGGAGGAGGACCGGGUCGUGGUCAUCCGCUUCGGGCACGACUGGGACCCGACGUGCAUGAAGAUGGACGAGGUCCUGUACAGCAUCGCCGAGAAGGUUAAAAACUUUGCUGUUAUUUACCUUGUGGAUAUCACUGAAGUACCAGACUUCAACAAGAUGUACGAGUUGUACGAUCCCUGUACUGUCAUGUUUUUCUUCAGGAACAAACACAUCAUGAUUGAUUUAGGUACAGGUAAUAACAACAAGAUCAACUGGGCAAUGGAAGAUAAGCAAGAGAUGAUUGACAUUAUAGAAACUGUUUACAGAGGAGCCCGCAAAGGUCGAGGUUUGGUGGUAUCGCCAAAAGAUUAUUCCACUAAAUACAGAUACUGACGUUUCUUUGGGCUGCCUUUUCUCUCAGCUCUACGUCCACUUGAAUUUAUUAUUGCGUGUGUACAUAUAUGUAUAUUAAAAGAAAAAACCCUACAAAUCCUUGAACUUUGAGCAUAAUUUGAAUUAUUUAAAAGGUUUAAAAUCUGUUUGAAAAGUAGAAGACUCAAAGCCUGUGACUGUCUUGACUGCAGUACUAUUGUAGCUGAAUUUUGGGGUUUUAUUUUUUAAAGACUUUACUCUUUGUUGUCCUUUUGGUAUUAUGUAUUUUUGUACACGGAAAGCCUGUUUGGAGAAAAACAUUUUGACUGGUUUUGUCUGCUUUUGUUACAAAAAUAUCUGGGAAAACGAUAGCUUUUUUUAAAAGAAUAAAGUGAGAGUUCCACAUAUUCACUUUAAUUUUUUUCAGCUAAUUAAAUUUGUGAAUGAACACAGGUGUAAUUGGAUGUAAAUCCAUUAUGUUGGAAGAUGAAGGCUUAUCACUUUUCUCAGGAUUUACUUGUGUAGAAUAUGUUUCCACUAAAAAUGGGAAUAAAACUCUAAGGUGCGUUGAUUAAUAUUUAGCAAAGAUCAGAUAAUUAAUAUUUGACAAAACUCAGAGAAAACAUCUUCCAUGACUUUGCACACAACCCUCUCCCCAUCAGCUUAACUGACUUGUGGUGACGGACUCCUUUUACAUGGUGGUUGUGCACAGAGGAGGCAGUUUAAAGUACUCAGUAGAUUCUACAGAGCCAAAGCAUAAUUGCUGUUCUGGAGCUGGCUGCACAGCCACCAGCUGAAGAAACCACGAGCCAUGCUUUCUGUCACUUGAUCUCCAGUUUGUCUAAUGGUAUACUAAAAUGCAUAUAUACUCGGGAGACUUGGACUGGAUUCCACUGUGGCAUGACUCUUGAAAUUUCUAUCUGCAUUUCUGCCAACUUCUGGAGUUGGCGUUCUGUGGGAGUUUGUUUUUUAACAUGAUACAUGCACAUAUACAGGAUUAAUUAAAAAACAAACCAGCCUACGCAGAAAUGAGAUACCUGUACUUUUUGGUCCAGUUUGUCACAAGAUAAAGCAGAAUAUGCUUUUUUGCCGUCAAGCGUUAUUUUAGAGGAUUUAGAAUGAGUCACAGAAGUAAAACACAAGGGUCCCAAUUCCUGCUGGAGUUUACAGUUUACUGGUUUACAGUUGUGGAGGGUUGCCCUUGGCUGGAUGCCAGGUGUCCACUGAGCCACUCUAUUGCUCCCCUUCUCCGCUGGACCGGGGAGAAAAAACAAGAUGGAAAACAAUUCGUAAGUUGAGAUAAGGCAGUUUAGUAAAGCAAAGGUGAAAGUUUGUGAGCCAAGAGGGAAAAAAAAAAAAAAAAGUAUUCUCUACUUCCCAUUAGCAAGUAUUCAGCCACUUUCUGGGAAGCAGGGCUUCAGCAUGCGGAGCGGUUGCUCUGGAAGGCAUUAUUUGUAAAAUAAUGGAUGCCCUCCCUUCUUUUCCUUAGCCUUUAUAACUGAGCUGAUGUCAUAUGGUAUAGAAUAUCCCUUUGGUUAGUGUGGGUCAGCUGGCCUACUUAUGUCCCCUGCCAGGCUCUUGUUCUCAACUGGGGAAGGAAUGUUACAGUGCUGAGGCUGUAACACCCACUGGUGUGUUACCAACACCUUUCUGGCUACCAUUGCAAAGCACAGCACUGCGAGGGCUGCUAUGGGGAAAUGAACUCUAUCUCAGCUAGACCCAGUACAACAAUGGUAAUUCUGCAAUCAUUUAUGUUGGCAGGGACCACCAAACACGAGUCAUAGUAGGUCCCACUUGCUUAGGUUGCCCAGGACUGUGUCCAGUGUUAAGUAUCUUGUUUGAACUAAAUGGUCUUGAAGGUCUCUUCCAACCCUGAUGAUUCUGUGAUCUUUUAAGGAUGGAGAUUCCUCAGCCUUUCCGGAAGGCCUGUUCUGCUGCCUUCCUAGUAGAAAAACAUUCCUUGUAUCUAGCUGGAAUUUUCUGUGUUUCAGCUUGUCUCAAAUUACUCUCUGGUGUAAAACACCUCCACGAAUCCUCUUAAGUUUUCCCCAUGCUUUAUCAGGGGGUAGUUGUUAGCAGCAGGAAACUGUAGUUUUUUCUAAAGGCUGAACUAACAGAAUUCCAGAAUUCUCUCAAACCCUUGUAUGCUUUGUACUCCACCAUAUCUUGGUGGCUUUCUUUUGUAACUCCCUCACAAUAGAUUUCUUGACCUGGUGAGCCCCCAAAUAGACACAAUGCUCUAGGUGUGGUCUCAUGGCAACUGAAUGAGGGAAGGACCUGCUGGUUCAGCUUAUGCUAAUGCUGACCAGCAAGUGGCUGCAGCCUUUGCUGCCAGGGCACCCUGCUGACUCACAGUCACCCCCCAGACCCCACUCCUUUCCUGCAAAGCAGUGUGCCAGCCAGCCCCUCACAACUGCUGUGUCCCAGAGCCCAGCUUAGCACGUCCCUUUGAACUUCAUGAGGUUCCUGAUGGCUUCUUUCUCCAGCCUGUCCUCCAGCACAUCAGCCCCAGUGUGACAGUACUUGAAAGUCUACACUGACUAAAGCAUUGAUUGGAAUGAUUUCUUGAUAUUAAUGAAGACUCUAAUAGAUGCAUUUAUUUCUCAUUAGAUAUUCACCUGGCAAUGCUUCAGUUUCUGCAUUUAUGGUAAAAGGUUCCCACUACCUUUCAAGCUAAAUCUUUCCUGCAGAGUGCCAAUGUUUUGGUGUACAACAACCUUAAAAUUAAUGCAGAUGUCCUAUUUUCUCUGAUUCUACCACGUUUUGUUCAGGAAUUAUCUGACAACUAGAAUUCCUCAUUACCUCAAAGUUUAUAAAACAAACUCUUUCAUUAAAACAGCUGACAUUAAAACACUGAAACUGGCACAAUCUGCAUACCUGGGUGAUGUUAUCUGCAUUGGUGUGUGGCUUUGGGUGGGCUUGUGAAAGAGUAACAACUGAGCAUCUGUACUCUGUGCAAAUACUGCCAUUUCUUUUAGUGCAGAAUGGUUUAUAUUCAUUUCACCUCUGAGGGACCUUUGUAGUAACAUCAAAUAAGGUGCAUUUUGUGAUGUAAAACAUUUAAAGAAGCAAGAAGAUGGCACAUGCAAAUAAAAAUUUUUGUCCUAGAAGGAUCUUGUUAUUCUGGAACAUUAAAGGUAAAAAGGCAACAAAGAAAUCUUAUUAUUUUAAUAUUAUUAAAAUAAAUGAAAUACAUUUUCAUAGAUUACAAAAAUUUGUGAUUGGAUAAGUUCACUAUAUAGGAUUUAGUUCUCUAUCCAAAAUAGUGGGUUUGCCUUCUCUGAAACUAACAGUUCUUUUUCAGCUUCAGGAAAUACAGUGCCACAUUUAGAUAAGUAAAUCCAUCAUUCUACUUUUUUUUUUCUGGGGCAAUAGUUUAAAAAAAAAAUUGAGAUUCUGUCAUGACAUGAUGCAAACGUUUGUUUUCUCUUUACAUUUUUUGUCAAUGUGACACUGUAAACUCCUGGAGUCAAUGCAGUGCUGUUCUGCCUUUGUGUUUCUUGAACACAUCCUCCUUUCAAUGCUGCAAAGAAACAGUGAGUAAGUAGGUUAUUUAAUUAUUCAUGAAUGUGAUUCAGCAUGAAAAUAUGGAGAUCUCUGUACAGUUAAAUACAACUUCGUAGAUUGUC